AUGCUCCCUUCCAUCCGGCCCAAGCAGGGCCCCGUCGACGGCGUGCAAGCGCCGCCCCAUCCCGCCGCAAAUCGCCGCCGCCAGUCCGCCCAAGCCAAGCGCAAAACCGUCGUUGCUGUCGCUUGCCAGCCCUGCCAGCGCCGCAAACACAAGUGUGACGGCGAGCGCCCAACCUGUACGCCGUGCCUGGCAAGGAACCGAUCCGACUGCGCCUACGACGCCGAAGGCGAUCAGCGCCGCACCUCCGCUCUGAAGGGCCGCAUUGAAACCCUGUCCAGGCAGGUCGACGACCUCAAAGACAUUGUGACGGCCAUUGCUGUCGACCCCGCCCCCCAGCGAGCCUGUGAAACCGCCCGUCAGCUUGCUGCCGAUGGUUUCCUGAACACGGCACAGGCGGCCCAUGCCCUCCGAGCCCAGCUGCGCACCUCUUUUCCGCGCCGGCCAAAGACGCCGCCCCCACAAGCCGAGCACAAGCAUGGCCUGUUCGCCUCGGACCCGCCGUCGUCAUCCUUGCCCUUCACCACCACCCCGGAAACCGCCGACUGGCAUUCGCAAGCCCCGUGGCUGUUGGAACGCCGCAUCGACCUUCAUCUGUAUCAGCCAGACUAUGGAGAUAUUCCAAUCGACGUAAGUGCCUCGCCUUCUCAUGUUCAGGAGUGUGUCUGGCGGGCUGAGUAA